AAUUGAACCACGACAAAACAGAUUGAUCUUCUCGAAUCAUCGGUAAGUCGAUCUUUCUAUGAUUUAUUGAUUCAUGCUUGAUCGGCUUGCUUCAAAUAAAUACAAUGGGUUCGGAUUUAAAAAAAAUUUCACGUUUUCUUCUUUAUUUCAUUUUAAUUGAUUUUAAUUUCGCGAAUAACAACGAUGAUAAUCGUUCAAAAAACGAAAUCGAUGAUGCUUCAGUAUACAGAUUACCAAAAAAUGUAAUUCCAAUUUCCUAUGAUCUACGAAUAUUAACAAAAUUGGCUGCAAAUGACUUUCAUUAUGAAGCCGAAGUUCGGAUAACGCUCAACAUAUUGGAAAAAACAAAUACAAUAAUACUGCAUGCUCAUAAGCUAAGAAUAGAUAAGGAUAAAUCUUGUUUAUACAAAGAAACCGAUAAAAUUUCAAUUGACCAUCAAUACUUCGAUACAAAUAGACAAUUCUAUAUCAUCAAAUGCAUGAAAUAUUUAGAAAUUGGACAAUAUAUUUUGGUUCUUUCUUUUGUGGGAGACAUUCAGGAUGAUGUAUUUGGAUUUUACAGAAGUUCCUACGAGGUGGAUGGACAAAAGAAAUGGAUUGGUAUAACUCAAUUCUCACCUAUUUAUGCUCGGCAAGCGUUUCCGUGCAUGGACGAACCGCACUUAAAAGCGACAUUUACAAUAAGCAUUGGUCAUUACUCUAAUCAAACGGCCACUAGUAAUACCGAUAUAAAAACGAUCGAGGAAGUCGAUACGUAUUAUCGUCUUACGACGUUCUUGACUACUCCACGAAUGUCAACGUAUCUCGUCGGAUGGUCGGUACAUGAUUACGUAGUCGAAAUUUCAGAAUCCUCAAGAGAUUUUAAGAUCUGGACAAGGGACAGCAUGCGAUCUCAUGGUAGCUUUGCCUUGAAUCAAGGCUGGUUAAUUUAUUCAGCUUUACAAGAUUGGAUGAAAGUGGAAAAUCCGAUAAAAAAAAUGGAUCAAUUUGCUGUGGCUGAUUUCAACUUUCGCGCUAUGGAAAAUUGGGGUAUGAUAACGUAUCGCGAGUCGAUAGUCCUAUUUCAGAAUGGAACAAUUCCAACGAGAAAAAUGGUUGAUGGCUUGGCCACUAUAGCACAUGAAUAUGCGCACACGUGGUUCGGGAAUUUGGUAACGCCAGAAUUUUGGAAUGUCGCUUGGUUAAAAGAGGGCUUUGUCUCAUACUUCCAAUAUUUUGGAGUCUCUUUGGUACAACCAACAUGGAAAAUGAUGGAUAUGUUUGUCGUUGAUUACGUUCAACCGACUCUUCUCUCGGAUUCCGUGAAUCACGAUAGAUCCAUGAACAGUCAAAACGUCGGAAGUCCUAGCAGUAUCAUGGCUAUGCUAGAUUUUGUUACGUAUAGAAAAGGAGCGUCCAUAAUUCGAAUGAUAAAACAUGCGUUUGGUGAGAAUGUCUUUCAGAAAGGAUUGCAUAAUUAUUUAAGCGAAAUGUCGUAUCGAGCGGCUAGACCAUACGACUUGUAUCGUUAUUUACAGAGAGCUAUUGAUACGUCAUCGAAUAGCACGAAGGACCGUAAAUUUGUCAAGGACGUUGUCGAAUCUUGGGCAAAUCAAGUGGGAUAUCCUUUGAUAACGAUAACGCGAAACUACACGAGACAUUGGGCAUUGGUAUCUCAAGAACGAUUUUAUCUCAAUCGAGACACGAGAAAAAUCAACAACAACGAUAAAGAACGCACAUGGUGGAUACCUCUGACAUUCGCUACGAGGUCGUCUAUCAUCGAUUUUCAAAGGAUUCGCCCGAAGCUCUGGCUGUGCCCUUGGGAUAAGAGGACGAUGAUUUCGAACUUUCGCGACACCGAUUGGGUGCUCUUCAACGUCCAGCAAAUCGGAUUCUACCGAGUCAAUUACGACGAGACCAAUUGGAAAAUGCUUAUUGAUCACCUUAGAUCAAAGGAGUUUAUCUCCAUUCCCUCGGUGAACCGAGCGGCUCUCCUCGACGAUGCUUUUAAUCUGGCAAGAGCAGGAUAUAUAGAUUAUUCGAUUCCAUUCGACUUGUCCAAGUAUCUUAAGAGAGAGAUGGACUACGAGCCUUGGCUCGCCGCCGUUAAUAAUUUCAUGUUUCUCAAUCGAAUCCUGAAUAAAGUAUCGAAGGUUCAUAAAGCGUUCCAGAAAUACGCGGAAAAUCUGAUUCUGCCUAUAUACGAGUUAUUGGGAUUCACGGAGGAUUCGUCCGAUAACGUCCGGACAAAACUUCAACGGGAGAUAAUAUUAUCGGCUUCGUGCGCGCUCAAUAACGCUCACUGCCUCGAGACAUCGAAAAUGUUAUUUAAUUCGUGGAUAUCGUUGAAUGAAACAAUAUUACCUGAUUUGAAAAGUUUCGUCUAUUGCAUUGGCAUACGUAACGGGAAUGAUGAGGAUUGGUUUACAAUGUGGAAAAAAUAUCUCGAUGCAGAUUUACAUAUCGAACAAGAACUUUUAUUGUCUGCACUCGGAUGUAGUCGAAAUCCUAUUUUAUUGAAUAAAUAUCUGAAUGUAUCGAUUUCUCGAAAUUCGACAAUUCGUAAGCAAUACAGAUUUUCGAUAGUUACUGCUGUUACGAACGGUAAUCCAGAAAAUGUCGAUCAUACUUUAAAAUUCGUUGAAAACAAUCUCGAAAGCAUUAUUGAUUCACGAGGAUACGAUUUCUUAGGUAAGAUGUUUAUUUCCAUAGGAGAGCAUAUGACAACUACGGAACAAACAAACAAGCUUCGUCGUUUCAUCGAUCAAAAUAUAAAACGUCUAGGAUCGGCCUCGAAAGCAGCAGAGAAAGCAAUUGUUUCUGCCGCUGAAAACGCUAAGUGGGUUGAAAAAUAUGCGUCUCUCAUUAAGACUGGAUCAUUGCAGAAGGGAGUACCGUUACUUUUUGCCAAAAUGGCUUCCAUGAGAGUGUUAAUACCGUUGGCAUUGCUCGUGGUGAUAACACUGGCCGAAUAUCCAUCAUCGAAUAAGACUAUAUUCUUGGAUAAUGAAAUUAUCCAAUAUGAGGAAAAUAGAGCAAGUCCUGAAGAAAGCGAAAAGUCUGAAGAUUUUGAGACUUUUAUUGAUGAAAAUGAUUCUAAUUAUGCAAAGGAAGAAACAUUUGAUUACAAAUUACUUCCUAUAAUUAUACCACAUCAUUAUAACAUUGACUUGGAUAUAAACUUAACAAAAUUCCAAGAAAAUUAUUACAAAUAUACAGGAAUAGUUAAGAUAAAUUUGGAAGUAACAUACAAUACGAAUAUAAUCAAAUUACAUUGUGACCAAUCGUUCCUCGAGUUGGGUACGCCAACAUUACUACAUGAGAAGAAAAACUUUAAUGUUACAAUAUCUUAUGUAAACAAUACUAAUAUUGUGAUAGUUGAUGUGAAAGAGUUAUUAACUCCAAAUAAUUAUACUUUAACAUUGCCGUACAUUGGAACAGUAAGUGAUAAGAAUAGAGGAUUUUAUAAAGAUUCUUACUUAGAUGAAGAAGGCAAAACGAGAUGGUAUGUUGCGACACAUUUUGAAUCAAUCAGUGCACGAAGCGCAUUCCCAUGCUUCGAUGAACCAGCUCUAAAAGCAACCUUCGAUCUUACGAUAACAUAUGACAAAGGAUACACAGCGAUCUCGAAUACAAUCGGAAAUACGAGAGAAAUUAAAAAUAAUCGACAAAUUACAAGUUUCAAAACAACUCCAAGAAUGUCCACGUAUCUUAUAGCAUACGCGAUAACCGCUGAUUUUAAAUCGUAUAAUAAAAGUAAUAUAAUGGUAUAUUCAAGACCAAAAUUUACUGCAGAUAACAUGACCGAAUAUGCUGCAGAAGUUAGUGACAAAGUGUUGACAGAACUGGAAAAAUAUACUGACAUCAAGUACUCAUCUAUGAUGGAAAAGAUGGAACAAAUUGCUCUUCCUUUAUUGUCACCGGGUGCAAUGGAGAACUGGGGUCUCGUGACGUACAGAGAAACUGCCAUUCUCUACAACGAGAAUGUAAACGGAACUUUCGACAAGCAACAUGUGGCGAAUAUAAUCGCUCACGAGUUUACACAUCAAUGGUUUGGAAAUUUAGUCACCCCUGAAUGGUGGAAUUAUAUUUGGCUUAACGAAGGAUUUGCUACUUAUUUCCAAUAUUUUAUCAUCGAUAAAAUUUAUCCUGACUGGCGUUACAUGGAUCAAUUUAACGUACUAUCUCUUCAAACUAAAGCAUUCCAUUACGAUGGGGAUGGAGAAAAGACACGAUCUAUGAAUAGCGAAGAAAAGAGCGAAAAUGAAAUUAACGAUUUAUUCGAUGAUAUUGCUUACGACAAAGCUGCUGCUGUCAUCCGCAUGUUUUCUCAUGUCAUUGGAGAGGAUAAAUUUCAGAAAGGUCUACGACAAUAUCUUAACUCACACAAGUACGAUACAGUGAAUCCAACGAUUCUUUUCCAAGCUCUCGAUGAUGCCGCAGAAAAGAAGAAUUUUUCAGAAAUUAACUUGAUGACAUUUUUUGAACUUUGGGUCAACCAAUCAGGAUACCCAGUAAUUACAGUGACUAAGAAUAGAAAAGAAAAUGACACAUCGAUCACUGUAGAACAAAAACCGUUUUAUUUGGUUAAACCUAUAGAAGAAGAGUUAUCUAAAAAUAAGACCUGGUCUAUUCCUCUGAACUAUGUACAACAAACAGAAAAUAAGAAUUUUAAUGAUACUUCUGUUAAAUCUUGGUUGAAAUUUGAUGAGUCAUCGAUAUCAAUUAAAGAUAAUAUCAUAGAAAAAGGUUGGAUUAUCUUUAACGUGCAACAAACUGGAUAUUAUCGUGUCAAUUACGAUAUGGAAACAUGGAGCGAUAUCAUUAAAUAUUUGGGCACGGAUAAUUUCAUGGAUAUUCAUUCCUUGAACCGUGCUCAAUUGAUCGACGACGCUUUUCAUUUGGCAUAUGCUGAUCUUUUGAACAUCACUGUCAGUUUGGAUUUAAUCAAGAAUCUCGAAAAAGAAACCGAUUACAUCGUAUGGAAGUCAGCGUUCAAGAUUUUAUCGAAGUUGAACAAUAUACUGGAUCGAACAGAUUAUUACAGUUACUUUUUGAAUUUUAUUCGUCCAAUUACUCAAAAAUUAUUUAUUAAUCUGAAGCUCUUUGAAAAUAAGAAUGAAACACAUUUGGAAAAUCUUCUUAAAAUAGAUGCCGCAAAAUGGGCUUGCGACAUUGGAUUAGAAUUUUUCGAAAACUAUUCUACUCAACAAUUUAAUCUGUGGUUACAUAAAGCUCAAAAUGUUGCUAUUCCUCGAGAUAUGAAAAAAGUAAUAUUCUGUGGGGCCUUAAGGAAAGCCAAUGAGACUGUUUGGAUAAAAACUUUGAACAAAUACAUACUAUCUAAAGACGUUGAAGAGAAGACACUAAUUCUUUCAUCCUUGGGUUGUUCUUCAUCACCGGACAUUUUGAAAAAUUUCCUUGAUAUAACUGUUCAGGAAGAUUCUAAUUUCAUAAAACAAUUGCCGGAAGUUUUUCGAACAAUAUACUCCAACAGUGCUGUUGGUCUUCAAAUUGUUCUUGAUUUCAUUUCUGAAAAUAUUAAUAAGUUACAAAAAUAUGAUGAAAACUUCAAGGAGAAUAUAGUGAAUAUAUUUACCGAACUUGCAAACAGAAUUGCUGUUAAUAAGGAUAUGGGCACGCUAAAUGAAAUUAACUUUCAACUAAUUAAAAUUGAAGGAUUGGAGGAUAAAUUGAACGAAGGCGUGAAAAUUGCAAACAGAAACAAUCUAUUCUUAAAAAAGCAUGAUGAAAACAUUCAGAAAUGGUUAGGAUAUUUGACUGAAAAUCAAACUACAACAACUUCCAAACCAAAUAGUGCUAAUUCUUUUAGCUUUAGUAUUGCCCUAAUGACUGUAUCUUUACUACUCGUAAAACUACGUUAAUAAUCUUUUUAAUUUUUACAUUAUUUGCACGGUUUAUAAUAAAUGAUAAAAAAACCACUUCAUCGUAUAUUAGCCAUUCGAUUUUAGCCAACGAAAUGUAUUGUCGUUUUAACUACAAUAAUGUCGUAUAACUUUUUUGUAUGUACAUACAUAAAGAAACAAAGUGUUACUAAUGUUAAAAAUUUAUUAUUAAUUAUAAUAUAAUUAUAUUUAUAUUAAUAUAAAUAUAAAAAUUAUUUUAACAUAAAUUUUUUACUGAAGAAACGUGCACAAAGUUGUCUAGUUAAUUAAGUAAAUAAUAAUAAUAUAUGUGUGUACACAUGUAGGUAUGUGUAUAUAUGUACAUAUAAAUGCAUGUAUGUUAUAUACAUGGAAAGUUCCAUAAUAUGAUUGUAAAUACCAGAUUGUUCCACCAUUCAUAUUAAUAUAAUUUAACUUAAUAAAUUACUAUUAUUUUACUAA